UUCUUCCUUCUCCUGUCCCCGGCGAGAAGAGUUCGGGGAUGCCUGCUGGCAUGUUCAGCAUCGACAAUAUUCUCGCCGCCCGGCCUCGCUGUAAGGACUCUGUGCUGCCUCUGGCCCCUAGCGCCGGGGCUCCGGUGGUCUUCCCGGCCUUGCACGGGGACUCUCUCUACGCCAGUGCUUCAGACUACGGCAGCUUCUACCCGCGUGCAGUAGCCCCCAGCGGAGCCGGCCUCCAGACUGCGGUCGGUGGCUCCCGCUUGGGCUACAACAGUUACUACUAUGGGCAGCUGCAAGUGCAGGCGACGCCCGUCGGCCCAUCCUGCUGUGGGGCGAUGCAGCCUCUGGGGGCCCAGCAGUGUUCCUGCGUUCCGUCCUCAGGUUACGACGGCUCGGGCUCAGUCUUGAUGUCCCCGGUCCCCCACCAGAUGUUGCCCUAUAUGAACGUAGGCACCUUGUCGAGGACCGAGCUGCAGCUGCUCAACCAGCUGCAUUGCCGGCGGAAGCGGCGGCACCGAACUAUUUUCACGGAUGAACAGCUGGAAGCUCUGGAGAACCUCUUUCAGGAGACCAAGUACCCCGACGUGGGCACAAGGGAACAGCUGGCUCGGAGGGUGCACUUGAGGGAGGAGAAAGUAGAGGUCUGGUUUAAGAAUAGAAGAGCAAAAUGGAGGCGGCAGAAAAGGUCGUCCUCAGAGGAGUCAGAAAACGCACGGAAAUGGAGCAAGGCUUCGAAGCCAUCCCCAGAGAAAAGGGAAGAGGAAGGUAAAAGCGAUUUGGACUCUGAUAGCUGAUAGCCCCGGAAUGGAACUUUGGGAUUUGCAUACCUUUAGAGACUUGCACAUACAAUGCUACUAUCUUGCACACUUGCUGCCUUUGUGGGGGAGAAGGAAGGGAAAUGAGGAAAACUGUAACUGGUGUAAAUAUUUCCUGGUGUUUCUUGUAUAGAACUGGCUGCAGAGAGGCUCGGCCAGUCUAACAACCCCCCUUUUCCCACCCUAUUCUGUAGUAUUUAUAGUUAAAUUAAAGGUGACGAUACAAUAAAUGGAU